AUGGCACCAGCAAUUACUCUUUACGCAUGCGCUUCUGGCCCUAACCCUCCAAAGGUUGCAUACCUCCUCGAAGAGUUGGGCAUUAGCUACGAUAUCAAAUCGCUCGUAUUCGGCGAGGGUGAUGAGAACAAACCGGGCGUGAAGGGUGCGUCAUUCCUUAAAAUCAAUCCAAACGGCCGAGUUCCAGCCAUCGUCGACCACGAGAACAACGACUUCUGCGUCUGGGAGAGUGGCGCGAUCCUGCAAUACCUCGCUGAGACGAAGAAGGGAGGCGAUAAGUACAUUGGCGGUGGCCAUGGAAACGAGAAGUACGAGGUACUCACAUGGCUCGCAUUCCAAAUCUCCGGCCAUGGCCCUAUGCAAGGACAAGUGAACUACACGAAGCUCUUCUUCAAGAAUUACUGGAACGAGGAGUGUCAGCCAUCUGUGGUAAAGCGUUUUGAGAACGAGACUUAUCGUGUGUUUAGCGUGCUGGAGAGUAGACUCAAGGCACAGAAGCAGGCGGGAAGCGAUUACAUCGCCGGUAAGAACUACUCGAUCGCCGAUAUGUCCUUCCACGCUUGGUUGCGUAUUGCUGCGUUCCCAGGCCUCGAUCUGAGUGGAUACCCAACUCUCAAGGCAUACAUGGAGCACAUGGAGGCUAAGCAGAGCACCCAAGCUGCCACCAAGAAGAUCGCUGAUGCUUGCAAGUAA